GUAGCAACGCGAUAGUGCAGAAACUCUUCCAAAUGGACAAUUGAAAUACGGCCGGCAAGGUUAACGCUGUGAAGAAGUGGAAUUAAAGUGUUGCUUCUACAAGAAACUCAGCUCCACCUUCUACCAAAAGUGGACAUAAACUGCUUACAAUACGGCAGAGUGUGCAAAACAGUAAGGUGUCUCAUUUGUUCAGUGAAAACAGCCGUGAUAAGGGCAGAAAAGUGUUAUCUACUGUGGCUCAUUUCGUUCCACACGAAUCUCGCUGUGUGAUUAUAUUUAUUGUUGCUGUGUGACGUUUUGCCGUGUCUUUCUCUAAACUAAACGAAAAAAGAAAUGCCUCCAUCACGUCUGGACGGGCUCUAUCGGUCGCUGCUGCUGACCAAGUUUUUCUGCAAAGGCUGGGGUAAACCGGAAAAUCUCGAAAGAUUGUUUGCGUUCCGAAAGAUCAUCUCGAAUCGUGCAGCCUGUUCACAGUUGGUACCGCGCGACUAUCCGGUUGAGAUUACCAAAGAAGAGAUACACUCGGACUGUAAAAUACUGGAAGGAAAAUUCAUAUCGCCGUUGGAAAUUUAUAUGCCCGGGUUGGUGCCUGAUGUAGCCCAGAACGCACACUUCCAGAUUUUGCUUCCGCUCAAGUGGAAUGAUGAACGGUACAAGCCGAUCUGCAUCCAUCUGGCUGGUACUGGCGAUCAUUACUUCUGGAAGCGCCGGAAUCUGAUCGCCAAACCACUGCUAAAGGAAGCAAAUCUCGGUGCGAUUAUCUUAGAAAAUCCUUUCUACGGUUUGCGGAAGCCAAAAGAGCAACGUGCGUCCAGCCUACAGAAUGUUUCGGACAUAUUCGUCAUGGGCGGCUGCCUAGUGCUUGAAACGCUCGUCCUGCUAAAUUGGUGCGAACGCAACGGGUACGGUCCGCUAGGCAUUACCGGUCUCUCGAUGGGUGGCCACAUGGCUUCACUGGCUGCAACGAACUGGCCGAAACCGCUCGUACUCGUACCCUGCCUGUCCUGGUCGACGGCUUCGUCCGUGUUUACCGAGGGCGUCAUGAGCAAUUCCAUCAACUGGGACGUCCUGGAGACGCAAUACUUUGCCGAUGGUAACUUCCGGGAGCGUCUCUCGAAGAUGGUUACCGUCGUGGACGAUGCAUUUGUGGCGGGCAAGCAUUUCAUACAGAACUUUAACCAAUCCGUGGAAGAGCUACGGUUGGACAUCAACGAAACGAAAGAUUUGGUCUGUGGCGAACCGGCAUCGGACGUAAAUUUGACCGUUAUUCGCGAAACAACACCGGAACGGGAACAGAAACAGUCGACCAAUCUCAUCCAUAUAAACCGGACGAAUGCGCUCAACUUGUCCGAACAGUUGCUCAACAAACUGCUCUCGAACGUACGGUGUGAAUUGACGCAGGAAGAGAUCGAUGAGCUAAAUACGAAGAUACAUCUCGCCCUGAAACGACACAACGAAGAGCUUCAAGCGGAAGGUAGUGGUGCAUCAACGGGCAACAAAUUGAUUCUGGAGGUGAAAGCAGAAGAAAAGGGACCGAAAACUUCCUCCAAAUCUGUUGGUUCCAAAAUUAUGGAAUACAUUAGCUGGGGUUCAUCCUCGUCGAAUGCGACACCCGAUGGCACGGAGGAAAAGCGUAUCCCGAUCGACACGACCAAACAGCGAUGGUGGGAACGGGAAGCGUUACAGUUUAUGCGCGGCAUGAUGGAUGAAUGUACGCACCUGAAGAACUUCUCCGUACCGUACGACACAUCGCUGAUUAUUGCCAUCUGCGCGAAGGACGAUGCUUACAUUCCGAGGGAUGGCUGCAUGAGCUUGGAAGACAUUUGGCCGGGUGCGGAAAUACGCUACCUCGAUGCCGGGCACGUUAGUGCGUACGUACUGCACCAGAAGCUGUUCCGGUCGUGUAUUGUGGAAGCAUUUGAAAGGGCAAAGAAAAAGUGGGUCCCGGAAGGAGAUCAGCUGCGCGGGCAGAUAAAUGGUGUGGGGACUGGACCACGACCGGUUGAGAACGAUCCCGAAGUUCCAGCAAAGUAAGCGAUUUGUUUGUUGAAAGCGGAAACCAACAGGACACCAAAGAUACUUUUUUGAGGAGAUACCUUCUCUCCCAGGUCAGAUUGGAGAAAGAUCUCCAAAGUCAUACGGAUCGGAAGUGGGGAAUGUCACGAGAUCAGGUAUUCUAUUCCCCUAUGUUUGGGGAAUAGUGGGACGUACUGUUCUGUGGGAACUCCUCCCGACAAACGAACCGUUGUUUGUAGGGCCGUCACCUCACCACGGUUCCCUUUUGGAACUGGUCAAAGCAAAGCCGAGGAAUACACGCACAAACGACCAAAUACUUUUACAGUUGCUACACUGUUACAAAUGUGUGGUCGGUAAAUCGGUUGCAAGGUUGUGAUAAUGCAGGAAUUGUGCGUACAAAUCUGCGAAAUUGAAGCAGAAACAAGGAGAGAAAAAGAGAGAGAUGUUACAUUCUGAUUUUAAAGGUAGAUUAAGAUAAGUAUGGAGGGCAGUAGAGAGCAACAGGAGCAGGAGUCGUGAAGAGAAAAGUGUUCGUGAAUAGGUAUUCCUUUGUUAUGUCAUCUUUUUUGAGUCAUAGAAUUCUAAGUUUAAUGAAACAUGCUUAUGUACCGACCAUUUUCAACGAGUAUUUUCAAUACAUUCAUAAUUGUUAAUCGCGAUUAGUAGCGUUGCAUCAGUACCAAGCUUUAGGUUUUUUUGGUACUUUUGUUUAUUCUCAGUAACUUAAACUUCGUAUCAAAGAUGUCAUUCAAUUACGCUUCAUAAUAAAGUUGUUGUAUUAAGUACAAAGUGAAA